AUGAGUUGCAUUCGAUCUUCGACAACGAUCGAAAAUGCUGGUCGAACGAAUUUGCAUUUGGUAUUACGACGCUCAUUCGAUGAAGAUUGGCGUUAUUGUGAAUUGCAAUCAUUUUGAAUUUUCACGAUAGUAUACAUCUGUCAGAUGGUGUAAAAACUAAAAGCGUUUUGUUUACGAAGUGUGGAAGUAAAACUAACUAAUAUUUUAUAAAUAAAGAAAAUAUAAAUAAAAGUUAAAAUAAAAUAUGACUACGACUGAGUUGUGGUUUGGCGAUUCUUCAGAGGAGGAUGAAAGCUUACUGGAAUUGGCUAGAAAUAGAAAGAAGCUAAGGGACGCUUCCAACCCUUUGGAAUUGGAUUCCGCUACAUUUAUAAAAAACUUCCGUUUGUCGAAAGAGGCGUUUGUUGAUUUGCUGUCCGCUACAGAGGAGAUGCUGCAGCGAUGCACACGAGCGAAAUCUAUUCCCAGUAUACUAAAAUUGGCAACAACUUUACGAUUUUGUGCUCAGGGAUCGUAUCAACUUAGUAUAGGGAAUGAAAACAUGCUUGGACAUGCACAGCCCACGGUGUCUGUGGUACUAUCUGAGGUACUCGAUGCCCUGGAGAAUUUCAUUUGCCAAAGAUGGAUAAAAUUCAAUUAUACCGAGGCUGAAAUGCAACAAGCAAAAUCUCAUUUUUAUAGCAAUACAAGAUUUCCUGGGGUAAUUGGUUGUGUUGAUGGUACACACAUCAAAAUUGUGGCUCCCAAAAAGGAGUUGCAGCAUUUAUAUUACAACAGAAAAGGAUUCUUUAGCAUUAAUGCUGUGAUUGUAAGUAUGCAAACAAGUUUAUCGUAA